AAAUUACAUAUUAAUACAUCAAGAAGAUUAUAAAAAAUUACGCCAAAAUAAACACUUAGUAAUUAAUGUAGUUAGACAGUGCACAAAUAAUAACCUCGUAUAAUGGGCUAAAAAAGGAAAUCGCUCAAUAAAAUUCAAAUCUGAUUUUCUCCUAUUCGAAAUUUUUGGUAUAAGAGGAGUAAAAAUGAAUGAUUCCAAGGAAAAUUCUGGUUUCAAAAGUUACAUAGCGGGCGAAUCCGAACUUGAAUCUAUAAACUUAGAAGAUGCUCAGAAAACCAAAUUUCUGGAAGGUGAAACUCUCGUAGACGAAGAACCAAAUGUACUUUUAUAUUUCCCUCUAACCGAUAGAAAUAAAUAUCUAACGGGAACUUUAACAGUAACGACAUUUAAGCUGUCAUUUGUCACCUUCAAAGAAUCUUCGACAUCAUCAAGUUACCUGGAAAAUCUCCUGUUAGGCCCCAAUGAAGUUUGUUUGUCUUGCAUCGAUCGGAUAUAUCAAUUAGGCGAUAGAACGAAGAAGAAAUUGAUGCCGGGCCAAAGCUUGCCCGCUGGGAAAAUCAAGGAUAUAUUGAUCGUUUGUAAAAAUAUGAGAAGUUUCGAGUUCGGUUUUCGAAAUUGCGGGAAAAACGGCGGAAGGAAAAUUCUGAAUGCUCUGUUGCAUCACGUUUAUCCAAAAAGGCACUCGUUGUUGUUCUGUUAUGAUUAUAGACAACCAUACGUAAAUGAAAGCAUACACAAGGAAGCCAAAUUAUUUCGAAAAUCCUCCGAUUGGGAGAAGGAAUUAAAACGAACGAAAUGUCAAAAUUGGCGUUUGUCCAUGGCCAACUGCAAUUUCCAAAUUUCCCCGUUAUUAAUAGAAACAAUGGUGAUUCCUCAAAGUGUUAGCGAUACGAUUAUCAAGGAGGCCGUGGAGAAAUUUAGAAACAGAUUUUGUCCCAUAUGGGUAUGGGGGACACAAAAUGGCGCCGCCUUGAUCAGAAUGGCCGAUCUUCUACCGACCAUCUCGGAUCGCACGGAGGAAAAUAAAUUCCUCGAACACAUAAGGAAAAGCCACCCCGAUAAAAAACAGCCGCGAAUCAUCGAUUUGUCAUGGCCCACUCCGAAAGACAUAAGAAUUAGCUACCAAAAACUGCGAGACCUUUGCAUUCCAGAGACUACUAGAUCGUUCAAGCAGCAGGAUUUUAAGUUUUACGGCCUACUAGACGGGACGAAGUGGUUGAAUUAUGUCUCUGCUUGUUUGUCUAAAGCCGUGGAAGCUGCUGAAUAUUUGAAUGUUCAUAAUUCUACGGUAGUUUUGCAGGAAGGUACCGGCCAAGAUUUGAACUGCGUGGUAUCCAGUCUAACGCAAUUAAUUCUGGAUCCGUAUUCCAGGACGAAAUUCGGUUUCCAGUCGCUUAUCCAGAAGGAAUGGUUAGCAUUGGGACAUCCGUUUGCCAAUCGUUUGGGCCACGUUCUGUCCAAGGAAAUCGAACAAUCUCCGAUUUUUUUGUUAUUCCUGGAUUGCGUCUGGCAAAUCAUCCAGCAAUUUCCUCAGGCUUUCCAGAUAAACGAGACUUAUCUAACGACGCUUUGGGAUUCGGCCCAUUUGACUGUGUUCGAAACGUUUUUGUUCAAUUGCGAACGGGAUAGAUUUCUAGUCGAAAGCCAUUCUCCGAAUUUUCGAAGCCUUUGGGACUGGAAAGAACAAUUCGCCGAGAAAGAUAUCGUCCUGUUUUGCAACCCCCUGUAUAAUGACGGGUAUUUGGACGUUCUACCAGUUCAAAGCGGUUUAUCGUGUUUAGACAUUUGGACACAAUGCUAUUUCAGAUGGCUUCCAGAUUUGGAAAUUCCCAAAGGUGGGAAACCCCAAAUAGACCUUUUCAGUCGUUAUUUGGUCUCGGAGAUUCUUCAAAUUAGAGAGGAUUCUCAAACUAGGGAGAAUUCGAUUCAAAGGGUCAACGGUCAAUCGAAGAAUAAUAAAGAAAAUUACGUGGAAUUGAUGAGAAAAGUCAACGGGUUUUUCCCGUUCGGGGGGAAUUUGGGUGUUAUAACGAUAGAGGGCGUUGAAAGCGUUUUAUUGACGGGGGAUAAUUUGGAUUCGCAGAGUAUAUUGAAUUUUAAUGAUUAGUUUUUUUUUUGAAAAGUGCCUUUUCGAUUGUAAUUAUCUCGAAAAGUAGUGGAGAUAAAAGUAUUCAGUUUUGUUCAUAUUGUAGGAAAUUCAAUUCUCUACGAUUUUUGGAGAAUAGAAAUUUUUUGGAAAUAGUGUAGUUUUCGAGAUAUUUCGAGUUUUUUAUCCUUUUGCACAAUUUAGGACAAUUUGAUAACAAAUCUUAAUUAUCUCGAAAGAUAGUAGGGAUGGAUAAAGCAAAUUUUCACAUUUUUGUAAAGAAAAGCUUCCUCUACAAUUUCGCUAUUUAAAAAAUAUCGAAAAAACGCCUAAUUUUCGAAACUUUCUCAUUUUUCUUACCCCAAAAAUUUCAUUUCCUUACAUUUUUCCAAGUAUUAAUUGUUUAGGUUUACUUUUCAUUGCAACUAAGGUAUUUUUUGUACAGGUAGAUUUUAAUUUUGGGUGCCAAAAAACAUUACUGUAUAUU